ACCAACAGACAGACCGAGACACACACAGAGCAGAAGCUAAAGGGGAGAGGAAGGCUGCCUGUCAGGGUCUCGUUGAUCCCCCCCCCGUUCCUCCGAUGAACCCCCUCAACUCCAUGAAACCCGGUCUGCCUCCCACUCCGCACAGUGACGGUAACUUCCUGUAUGACUCUGCCUCCUGGCAACAAGGCACCAAUCAACAGCCAGGAGCACUCUCCGUGGUAACUACCGUCUGGGGCGUGACCAAUCCCUCGCACAGCCAGGUGUUUGGAGCGCCCAUGGGUCCGGGCGGGAACUCUGGAGGUCACAUGAUGCAGAGCAGCAGUGGGGGUGGGGGGAUGAGUCCCGGUAUGAGCCACCAGUACCAGAGCUACGGUGACAAGGGCUACGGACAACCAGGCCUUUACGGCCGCCCCAACACCGCCUAUAACCAAGCACCGCCAUAUGGACAGAGUUACUCUAAUAAUGGUGGUGGCGGAGGAGGAAUGGGCCAACGCCCUCCCUCUGACUUCACCCAGGCUGCUGCCGCCGCGGUUGCUGCUGCCGCUGCCACGGCGACCGCCACUGCUACGGCUACUGUUGCUGCCAUCCAGGAGAAGCAGAACCAGGAACUGAACUAUGGCCAGAUGGGUGGAGGCCCCUCCUACAGUACCCAGUUCCUUUCCCACCAGGGCCCCCAGCAGGGUGGCCCCCGCGGCCCCCCGGGCAUGAGCCCCAGUGGGAUGGUCCAAUCCCGGCCCGGGCAGCACCCCUCCAUGGGUGGCAUGGUGUACCCUUCGCACCCCUCCCAGGCUCAGGGCCAGAGGAUGCCCCAGCAACACCCAGGCUACCCAGGAGGCCAACAACAAGGGCUCAAACGCCCCUACCAAUCAGAGGGUUUCCCAGGGCAGCAGCAGUAUGGUUCAGGGGGGAUGUCUCCGUACCACAGUGGCCAGCCCCUCCAGUAUCCCCCUGGCCCCCAGCAGCACCAGCCCCAGUCCCCCUCGUACCACCCCAGCCAGCGUAUGCCCCCAAUGGGGCAGUACCAGCAAGGUCCACCCAAUCCUGCACAGUACUACAAGCAGGAGCAGCAGUAUAACGGGCAGCAGGGUAACAUGCCACCAGGAGCAUCAGGAGGCUACAAUACCUUCACACAGGCUGCUGUCAAUGCGCAGGGUAGCCGGGGGAUGCCGGGGUACCCCAGUUCUCCUCUGGGUGGUAACCCAACCCCUCCCAUGACUCCGGGCAGCAUGCCCCCCUACCUCUCCCCCGGUGGGCCAGGACCAGACACCAAGCCCCCCUACCUCCCCCAAGGCCCCGACGUCAAGCCCAACAUCAACUCCCUUCAGCCCCCCACUGGUGAGACCCACUUACUUCAACACUCCUUUAUGAAAGGCUCUAUUCAACCUCUAACUGGCCCGCCUCCGUACAGGUACAAUCACACUUACAGGUACCCACACACACACACACACACACACACACAGACACACAGACAGAUGAACACUAACUGGCCCGCCUCCGUACAGGUACAAUCACACUUACAGGUGUCUGGUCCUUGCUUACAGGUGAGUGUGAACGCCACACCGCUCACCAUCGAGAGGGGCGACAACAAGACGUCCCACAAGCCCCUCUACCUCAAGCAGGUGUGUCAGCCGGGACGCAACACCAUUCAGAUCACUGUCACCGCCUGCUGCUGCUCCCACCUGUUUGUGUUGCAGCUGGUCCACAGGCCGUCAGUACGCUCCGUUCUUCAGGGAUUAAUGAAGAAGAGACUACUGCCUGCAGAGCACUGUGUCACUAAGAUUAAGAGGAACUUCAGUAGUGGGACCAUCCCUGGGACCCCAGGGCUGAACGGAGAGGACGGUGUGGAACAGACUGCGAUCAAAGUCUCCCUGAAAUGUCCUAUCACCUUCAGGCGCAUCCAGCUGCCUGCACGCGGACACGACUGUAGACACAUACAGUGUUUUGACUUGGAGUCGUACCUGCAGUUGAACUGUGAGAGAGGGACCUGGAGAUGCCCUGUGUGCAAUAAGACGGCGCUACUGGAGGGCCUAGAAGUGGACCAGUACAUGCUGGGCAUUCUAAUAUACAUACAGAAUUCGGACUAUGAGGAGAUCACCAUUGACCCAGUGUGUGGCUGGAGGCCGGUGCCCGUCAAACCAGAUAUCCACAUAAAGGAGGAAGCAGACGGACCGGUGUUGAAACGCUGCCGGACGGUCAGCCCCAGUCACAUGAUGAUGCCCAGCGUCAUGGAGAUGAUCGCUGCCCUGGGACCAGCCUCGCCCUACCAGGGUCAACCACCAGGGGGCAGGAACACACCUGACUACAGCAGCCAAGCAGGCACAGGAUACUCCAGCCAGUCAGGCUUCUCUGACUUCCCCAACACCCCUGGUACUCCCACCCUGAGAGACUUCACCUCCCCCGGGCCCCCUAACAUCUACCAACAGGACCAGAUGUCCCAUUCUGGCCGUAUGGACCCUUCCCAUAAUGCACUGCAGCAACAACAGCAGCAGCACCAGCAGGGUGUCCACGGUAACCAGAGUCUCGGAAGCAGCGUUGGCGGGCAGAUGCAGCAGCGGAACUCCAAUACCCAGAAUGCCCGGCUACAGGCGGAGGGCUCGUUCGGCCAGGGGGGUCCAGGAGGAACGGGGGUAGCGGGAGGAGGAGAGGGAGCGGAUCACGCCUUGGAUCUUCUCCCUGAGCUGACCAAUCCAGAUGAGCUGUUGUCCUACCUAGGUCCUCCAGAUCUACCUAGCAACAACAACGAUGACCUGCUCUCUCUGUUCGAGAACAACUGAAGACUCCCUUCUCGUUAAGGGACAGCUUCAUCCUUCUAGAGGGGGAAGAGCAGAGGAGAGGGGGGCAAAAAGAAGAGAGCGGGUACAGACCGAGGGAUCCAUGUUUGUAUACUCUCUGUGGACCAGACCAACAGGCUUUCCAAGGGAAGGUGUAGGUAGUGAGAGAGACAUGACUGUUUCUGUCUGGGAACUCUGUCAAGACUAUAGUGUUUUUAGACUUCAUGUAAAGCGUCCCAUUGCACUCUGGAUCCAUCAAGUACGUUUUUUAAAAUGCUGAGAUAGAGAAUGACUGUCUGACACAUGGGACUGCCUGCACAGGCCAGCCACUAUAAUUGUAAUUCAAUGUUCUCAAAAAAUCACAAGCCGAAGGAUUUAACUUUUUAAAGGAUAUUUUUAGAAACGAGAAAAAGAAAGUGUAAUGUUGACUUUCCAUUGUGUAUUUAUGAUUGUGGAUCUCUGUUGACAUGACUUGUCAUAAAGAAAGUAAGAGGUGGUGUUCAUCCUAAAGGGGAGUUAUGAAUGCUGAAAUCAGGAUAUGCAGCCUCACACCUGGGCAGUAUAUACAGUACUCGGAUUACUGUAUCUAUACUUACUUACACUGAUCUAGACUUGUAGAGCAAGAGAUACAGGGAGAGGUGUUAUUUUUGUACUGGGUAGGGCACAAAGAGAAGGAAAGGGGGGGUGGGAGGAGAAGAGGGUUAGUCGGAUGAGUCCGAAGCCAGAUGGGGAACUCUCACCUCCAUUCACACCCUGUUUCUGGUAAUCCUCCCUUCUCUCUUUCUCUCCCUCCUUCAAGAUAACAACUAUACUGCUGAGACAUUUAAACAUGCACAAUUGUACACACAUACACUUUCAAGAAGGGAUCCCCAGUAAAGUCCUGUGCGUUGAUGGAGAGGGGGAGAAGUUGUUUCCCUUAUGUCAGGGAGUGAAUGUGUAUUCUCUCUCUUCCUCCUCUCCAGCCCAUCUCUUUCCAGCCCCGUAACACACAUUUGAAACAAUACCACGGUCUAAAUGACCUUUCUGCUUCCUCUCUCUUGGUCUUUAUCUACCUGUCCCCACUCCUUUCCGAGGUUGUCAUUGGUUUGUAAAGUGUUUGUAUGAUAGGCCUUACUGUUCAUGGCACCAGAAGUUGGAUGUGCAAUGUUUUUUUUUUUAAUCUGUACGAUAUAAAUUGUUUUAUAAUCAUGACCGUAUUGUUAUUAGGGUAAUUCCAGAGGUGGUGAAGCUGUGCACAUCUGUCCUAUAUUUGUUUAUACUAGCAGAGGUCAUGAGUUCAGAAAUAUGUCAAAUUCAUGAUGUCAGUCGACUUACGGGGGCCUGCAUUCACAAAAUGUCUCAAGGUCCUGAUCUAGGAUCAGUUUCCCUUUUCAGACCAUGGGGGGGGGGGGGGUCUUGGUCCUAGAUCAGCCCUCCUAUUCUGAGAUGCUUUGUGAAUACAGGCCCUGGUUACUAUAUGAGACUGUACAAGGGAUUUCAGAGACACCAGCAUCUGCUAGGUAACAAUUGUUCAUGUUUUAUUGUCUAGAUGAUGAUGCUUGAGGCCCAUGUCAGUGAAUACAAUUAAUACACUGUUAAAUUGUCCUAUUAACUGCACACCAGUUUUUCUAAAAAUGUGAAAUAUUUCCAUUAUGUUUUAUAAGUAAAAAAUGUCACUUCUGA